AUGACCGCCCGAACUCAGCAGAAUCUGGAGACGGCCGAUGUGUUGACCACUAAGGAUGAGCAUGUCCAAGUGAUUCCCCAACCUAGCUCAAACACGAAGGUAGUUCGCCCAAAACGUAACCCAUCCCCCACAAAGGCUGCUCCUCAUAAAAACGUGUCUAAUAAAAAAAUAAGCAGAAAGGCUACAUCGGACGGCAAGAUACCUAUCAAACAACUUUUCCCUAUAAAUUCUAAUGAAACAUCUGGAAAUUUCAAAAAGACUAGUAAGUCGCCAUUGAAGUUGAAAGUUUCUGCAAGCAAGACAAAUAGCAAGUCGCGUCGCAAGUCUAGCUCGAAUGCCCAAACUAGCCAUGUAGCAGCUGUUAUUGUUCCUAAAGCAAGCAAAACCCGUGCUUCAAAAAAAAUUGCCCGGCCUAUUGCUCAUAACCGACCAGAUAUGGCAAGUAGUGAUAUAUCUACAUUUGAUACAUACAUGGUAUUGUGUAUUUGA